AUGACGAAAGUACUAUCGACUAUCUUAUUUUGUACCUUUUUUGCUAUAGUUUUUUCUACAACUGAAUGGUUCGGUGAUUUAAGAGCACAAUAUAAUCCAUUACCUGCUGGAGAAGAACCAUUCUAUGAUGUGAUGUAUGAUGAUACUGUAUGUCCACAAGGAUUAAAAUCUAAAGCAAUUCCAGAAUAUGUAUAUUUUGGAGCAAUGGUAGCAUCAUUUUCAACAAAUGAUAAAAAUGAUUGCUUACAAUCAUGUAUUACUAAUACCAAAUGUAAAGCAGUCAACUUUUUUGAACCCAUUAAAAGAAAAGAUAAAGGUUUUUGUGAACUUCUUUCUGAAAACCAAUACGAUAAUCCACGAUUAUUACGAUCAUUUAAAAAAGCUACAUAUUAUGAAAAUGUAGCAUGCCGUUACACAACUGACAAUAAUUUAUCAGGAAUUUCAAAAGCCAAAGCCGUUAUUCCGGUUUUUCGAAAUGAUAAAAGAAAACAUGAAUCUAUUAUGAAUGCAAUAAAUCCAAAAGAUAGUAGAGAAUAUUCCUUAUCAAUGUUAAAAAAAAUUGCAGACAAAAUUCAUGAAUUCAAUUCACGUUUCCGUUCUUAA